AUGGUCUACACACUCACCGUCCACAUGUACGCCAAAGACGAUGCCGACUGCAUCGAGAGGCUCAAGCUCAAGCUGAUCGAAGCUGCUCGCAUCUACCGCAACGACAAGGAGACUGUCGACUGGUUCGUCAUGCAGGAUGUUCACGACCCCCGGGCUUUUACCGUUGUCGAGAGAUUCGAGCAGGAAUCUUCUCAGAAAUACCACCUUGAGAACCCGUACUGGAAGACCUUCGAUCCUUACGUGAUUCCCCUGCUGGCCAAGCCAAUGGACCUGAGAAGACACGAGGAGCUGGAUACCAGCAAGGAUGUUGUCGUUCCCCAGUAG